UUUUUGUUGUUUCUUCUUCAUCACCUCUAUUAGUACUGUUGGUCUUUCAAAAAACAAAAACAGAGGUAGAGAGGAAAAAAGAAAAGAAACAGGGAGAAAAAUAAGCCCUUGACUCAAACACUAGAGAAUUUGAGUCGCGAUUUAGAAAGGUUUGUUCUUUGAUCUGUUUUUUUUGUGAAAAAAUGGUGAAAGAUCUGGUAGGGUAUAGAUUUUAUCCGACUGGAGAGGAAUUGAUAAACCAUUACCUAAAGAACAAAAUUCUGGGUAAGACUUGGCUCGUCGACGAAGCCAUUAGCGAGAUCAACAUCUGUAGUUACGACCCUAUUUACUUGCCUUCGUUAUCUAAGAUCAAAUCGGAUGAUCCGGUUUGGUACUUCUUCUGUCCAAAGGAGUACACUUCUGCGAAGAAGAAGGUAACGAAGAGGACUACAAGUUCUGGGUAUUGGAAAGCUACUGGUGUUGAUCGUAAAAUCAAAGAUAAGAGAGGUAAUCGAGGCGAGAUCGGGAUUAAGAAGACGCUUGUGUAUUAUGAAGGUAGAGUUCCUAAAGGUGUUUGGACUCCUUGGGUUAUGCAUGAGUAUCACAUCACUUGUUUGCCUCAAGAUCAGAGGAACUAUGUUAUCUGCCAAGUAAUGUAUAAGGGUGAAGAUGGAGACGUCCCAUCUGGUGGUAAUAACUCGAGUGAGCCGAGUCAAUCUAUGGUCUCUGAUUCGAAUACUGUCAGAGAGACGAUUACCACAGCGCCUGAAUUUGAGCAGCCAGGUCAAGAAAAUUUCUUUGGUAUGUCUGUGGAUGAUUUGAGAACUCCAAUGAAUGAGCAAAAACAAGAAGAUUUCUCUCUGUGGGAUGUAUUGGAUCCAGACAUGUUAUUCAGUGAUAACAACAAUUCUACUGUGCAGCCACAAGCUCCUCACUUAGCCCCGAAUGAUGAUGAGUUUCUCGGUGGAUUGAGGCAUGUUAACCGAGAGCAGGUUGAAUAUUUGUUUGCCAAUGAAGAUUUCAUAUCCAGACCAACCUUAUCUGUGACAGAGAACCGCAACGAUCACAGGCCAAAGAAAGCUUUGUCAGGGAUUAUUGUUGAUUAUAGCAGUGAUAGUAAUAGUGAUGCUGAAUCGAUAUCUGCAACGAGUUACCAAGGAACAUCAAGUCCAGGUGAUGAUAGUGUAGGUAGUUCAAAUAGACACUUUCUGAUCCAUACUGGUGGAAAUGAGAUUCUAUCGNNNNAUCAAGACUGGUGCUCUUAUGGCGAAGAAGAGAAGCAGAGCUGGUUUAUUACAGAAGAAGCAAUGGAGAGAAACCGCAAGAAUCCACGGUAUAUCUAUCUGAUGAGGAUGAUCAUAGGCAUCAUACUCUUGGUGGCUCUCAUUGGCAACAUCAUAUCGGUUUUAAACCGUCAAAACUUGAACCCGCUGAUGAAGUUUGAUCGCGAGAGAUAGACAACGCAGAUUGAUCAAAGCACUCCUUUUUAAACUUGCUUUUAUUUCAUUCUGUUUUCUUCUGAAAUUUUCAUGUAUAUAUGUGCGUGUAUGUAUGAACAAGAGGUAUGUCUUGUGUCUAAAAGUUAAAUGCAAUUUAGGGUUUUGAAAAUUAUUACAUUCACUAUUUGACAGAGACAAGUGGAUUGGGUUUGAAAAGGUUUCUCAAA